AUGUCGCUAAAAGUGAUUCUCAGAAAGCCACGCCGCGGAGCCGUGCGGGUCUGUCGCGAUCGAAGCGCGGCGUCUCAUUUCGAAAAGACCGCGGUCUCCCCGCAACCUUCCCCGUGGGGUCCGAAGUGGGAGUGGCCGACGGGACUUCCGGCGUUGGGGCCGUCGUCGGCAGCGACUCCCGGCGGUCGUAGUGGGCGAAAGCUCGUGCGCUCGCGCUGCUCGACGGCAGCCCCAGACGACGAUGCUGCAGUCAACUGCCAUCUGUGCCCCGUCGUCCCCGACGACUUCGCUGCCGGCAUGGCCUUCAUCGAUAGAACUAUGAACCUGCCGGUUGGACGGGGGUCGGAUGCUGAAUUGGCCGAUUCCCAGUUGACACCGGCCAGUAGGUGUUAGCGGUGCAAGCGUUCUUCUGGCGUUCGGCGCUUUUCUGUGUGUCUCCCGGUGGUGUGUGGUUUCGUUGGGAUAUCUACCUGGUGGCCGUUGGAGACAGACUGGACGUUCUAGUUCGUGCUGGCUAGAUGCCCGGCCAGGCACACCGGACAUGCAUUCCACCCUCGGUGUUGUGAUGCUCCUAGCGGAGUGUCUGCUGGAUCUUGCCGCUGCCGGAUUACACUUGGAACCUUCCAACCAGGUGGACCUCAUCGACGGCCUUCGAAUGGGCAACACAACGUACCAAGGUGUUUCUCCUGUCAGGGGCAUGCAUCAUAUUACCUCAGCCAUUCGCCUAUCAGGUGACUCAAGAAAAGUGCAAUUACCAGCUGAUGUCUACCAAAGAACUGCAAGGCUUAUAUCCUAUACAACAGAAUUCACCAUGAUAGCAUCAUUAAAACAAGAACUCAGGAACGUGGGAACUAUACUUUCCUUCUCCGAGGGGAACAAUAGGUUCUUCGAACUUCAAAGCAGUGGACGCAAGGAUGAGAUCCGGCUCCACUACAGUCACAAGAACGGUGUGCUAGUGGAAUCCUUUCCGUACAGAUUAGCGGACAAUUCGUGGCACAAGCUGGCAGUGUCGCUUAGUGGAAACAGUGUGGAUGUGUUCGUUGACUGUAAUCGCAUUUAUUCUCGUGUGAUACGAGCAGUGGACUUGGAUGUUAGGCAUAGGAACCUUAGCCUUUGGCUGGGCCAAAGGAAUUCAAAGCAUUAUUAUUUUAAGGGCGUGUUACAAGAUGUUAAAAUUGUCGUCAAACCACACGGGUUUCUUCUCCAGUGCCCUCAUUUAGACACAGAGUGUCCAACUUGUGGUCAGUUCCAAGAACUGCAACAAUCUGUAAAUCAGUUAAAGACGUAUAUUGUAAAUCUUACACAGAGGCUAGUACAAGCUGAGCAGAAGAUAGCUGCUGUGGAGCAGUGUGAAUGCCAAAAGAACUGCCGACACAAUGGAACCGUUCGUCCAGAUGGAUCAAUCUGGAAAGAGAACUGUGAUAUCUGCACAUGUGUGCAAGGCAAGACUGAGUGCAAGCCAAUUACUUGUUCUGCACCGCGCUGCAAGCACCCUGUUCUCCUGCCGGGAGAAUGCUGUCCUACCUGCUUAAAGCACUGCUUGUUGAAGCAAGUUAUUUAUGAACACGGAGAGCAAGUUACUCAGAAAUGUGUGCAGUGCAACUGCAGUGACGGGCAAAUGACGUGCCGCAGGAUAGACCAAAAGACGUGCCCAGUACUUACCUGUCCCGAGAAGCAAAGAUUUAGCGUUCCUGGGGAAUGUUGCAUGUUUUGUCCAGGGGUUGACUACUGCAGUAAAGGGCACGACUGCCAUACAAAUGCCACCUGCAUCAAUCUACAAACUAAGUACACGUGCCAGUGUAACACAGGGUACAGGGGCAACGGCAGAGCCUGUGAAGACAUUGACGAAUGCCAAAAGGUGGGAGGAUUUGACGGCCACCACUGCCAGCAGAACACUCGUUGUGUGAAUAUACCUGGAGCCUACACAUGCGAAUGCCUUCCUGGUUUCCGCCGUGUUGACGCUUUCAAUUGUGAAGAGCACGAUGAAUGUGCGAGCAGUGAACACAACUGCCAUGAGAGCGCAAGGUGCAUCAACACUGCUGGCAGCUACAAAUGUCAGUGCCUUGAAGGCUACAAUGGUGAUGGCGUCAAUUGCGAACCUAUAUGCAAUCACCCAUGCCUCAAUGGAGGAAAGUGCGUCGCUCCUGGAACGUGCUCCUGCCGCCGUGGCUACAAGGGAACAAGCUGUGAGAUUGACGUUGACGAAUGCAAGGGAAAGCUGCAUCAUUGUCAUAUAAAUUCGAACUGCGUGAACAUGCCUGGUUGGUACUAUUGUGAAUGUCAUCCGGGAUACCGGAGCAAUAAGGAUGACGACUUCGGUGCUUCUUGCGAAGACAUCGACGAGUGCAGCUUGGGAACUCACACAUGUCACAGCACAGCGAGUUGCAUCAACACAGAAGGAAGUUUCCGGUGUUCUUGUGUUGACAAUGAAACCUGUUCUCUGAGUUGUGACUACAUGGGUAGGGAGUACAUGAAUGGGGAUGUGUGGCCAGGUGGUCCAGCCAGUGGCUCCUGUUCCACGUGUACCUGUAAAGACGGUGUGGCUGUCUGCCGACAAGCGCAGUGUGACUGCAACAACCCGCACGUAGACACUGACUGCUGCCCACAGUGCGAUCGAUCCAGCUACUGUGAGCACCAGGAGGCAAACGUCAGAUUCGCCAAUGGGGAACGCUGGGUUUAUCAGUGCCAGAUCUGCGAGUGUUUGUUCGGCGAAGUAGACUGCUGGAGUAUGGAGUGCCCGCGAGUAACGUGUGAGCACCCCAUUCAGGACGCGGGCGACUGCUGCCCUUACUGUGAAGAGGACCCCUGCUCUGCAGCGGAUAAUGGAACGUCAGGACGCGGCAGAGGGUGCACCUACCUCGGUCGCCUAUACCAAACUGGAGAGCGUGUCCCUUUGGCUCAGGACCCUUGUACUACGUGCAAGUGCACGGUCCCCAUCUGUGAGCAUUUGAACGGACAGCUAUGCUGCAUGUACGCUACAGAUUGCUUUGGUAAUGCUAGUCUUGUGGCGGCACCUAGCCUCCUUCACAAUCGAGUCGGACGCGGAUCCCCAGGACUCGGCAAGCACAGCACGGAUGUCGUCCAGAAACGGCAACAGGCAUGGCACUCAUUGGGCAACAUCCCCAAGACAGAAUAUCAACGCAGGGCGAUGGCGACGGCAGGACCUGCUUUUCUAUUGCCACGCGUAGGACGCAGAUGGCAUACGGAACGAAUGAGCCCUGCAUUGACGACGUUCAUGCCCACCAGGCCUAACAGAAGAGACGCUCGGCGAUCGUCUAGAACACCAGGAGAACGCUGAACUGACAUGGCUCCACGGUGACGUUCCUAGUCCUGAUUGGGCAUUAUCCAAUGGUCGUCGACUGAAAUGGUGGUGUUUCUUGCCAAGAUGUCGCAAGGCAUGCCCGUGUCUUCGGGCCCCCCGGGACUCUACGCCUACUGUGUGGCUGUGCGACGACGGGUGAACGCUGUGAAAUUUAGCAGUGGGCUGGAGAGUUCUCCCCUAGACGCUCCCUUUCAAUUGUCCCGCCUGCAGAUUCUUGGUGCCCCUUUACUGAGUUUCGCGCGCGCCACUGCCACGCCCCCCUUACACACGACGAUUUGUAUACGGACAUAGAAGAAAUUGACAGUCUGGAUGUCUGAUCUGUAUGUACGUAUGUGUGUGUAUGUGCACAAACAGUCUGGCUACCUGCCUCUUGUUCGCGGCUUCAAGGGGAGCGGUAUGCUUUGUCUCACAAGCUUUUAUGUCAGAACCUGUACAUAUGUGAAAUAUUGGCGGUGUCCUUUUAGCCACCUCCCGCGUCUUGCAUGUACUUAAUUUAUUUAUCUGGUAACUUAUACGAUCCUCGUUUGUUUGUUUUUUAGAGUUUGUAUACUUGAAAUUUUGUCUUCUAUAUAUAUAUAGGUUGUGCGUUAAUGUCAAUCUGCUUUUUCUUGCCCUUGUCUGGUUGCACGAGUUAAAAAUGAAAAAAAAAGCUGUCAGAAAUUUUCUAAUCAAAACUAAAAGCCCUUCUUGCAUAUUUUCUCUGCAGUAGAGCAUCUCACUAUAGGUGGCUCUGUGUGUGUUUUCUGUGAGACCUCCGAAGGAAGACUCUGUAGACGAGUUGAACGCGAACCUUGCCCGGUAACUAACCUGUGAGUUACCUAUGCAUCGGACUCCUCAAUGCAUGGACGCAGCCUGGUCCUGCCUUUUGACCUACAUGUAACGUUCUUUCCGCUCUAUGCAGUCUGUAUGAAAUUGGCGUAUCAGGAGUCCUCGGCACCCUUAUACUUGCCGUACAACUUUUGGCAAGUUGCUAGUCACUUUCAUUAGUCACGUAGAGCAGUCACCGCAGGGGAAAAGAUAGAGCCAAACAUUCCAGUCAAGUUCUCAGACCAGAUACAAGAUUUGCAUUUUCCACAGCUCAUUUUAUUUAGUGAAAAUGUUUCAGGCAGUGCCUGUAUAGGUGUUAUCCCUUGCCACCAUAGAUCUCAGGAUUAUGGUCUUACAACGCUAACGACAUUCCAUUCAUGUAAAAAUCAGACGUGUAAAACAAACAAACAAACAAACAAAAAAUCUCUAACCCGGGUAAUCUCGCCGAAACCAAAUAAGUGUGCACCAGUGAAUUGUUUGCACAAAACAUAGCUUGGCAGAGCGUUCUAAUCUGUGCACAGACGCCAAAGAACUAUCAGCUUCGCUCGAAAAGGUUAUCAAGGAUACAUACAUAUAUAUAUAUAUACAAACACAUAUAUAAAUAUAUAGAUAAUUGUAUAUUUACUUCUCUAGCCGUACCUAUAAAGAAGUGAUUCCUUGAUAGAACAGAGGCCUUAGAUUUCAGGAAAAUAACCGUUUGGAAGGAGGAAAUGCGUUGGACGUGUGUACAUAGAUGUUUUCUAGUCUAAUCAAAGAGGUUUCAUGGGGAUAUCGCGUAUGGGGGUAUCAGUAAAUCGUUGCCGAGGAGUGAUAAUCUGGAAGUUUUUUGGCGAACACUGCAAAUAUGAGAUGUGGGCAAUGUUUAGGCGAUUUCAAUCUAUUGCUGUGUUCUCCUACAUACGCUGUAUACUAGGAUACGCAGACAGCAUGUCUAAAUGCUUUCUUCUUUCUUUGACGUUGGCGUAGCUGCUCUGUGUGAGGCACGUCUGGAACGGUCUGUCACGUUCGUAUUGUUUCCUGUUCAUUUGUACAGCAGUAAUACCUACCGGAAGGCGGCAAACGUUUUGAGCAGAAGUCAUCUGGGUUCAGGUUGCUAUUUGAUUUGGGGUGAAAGACUUAAAGGUGCCCUGGUGUGGAAAUUGCUUAUGGAUUAGCAGCUGAAAGGCAGUCGGGGGGGUCUACACCCUUUGUGGACAUGUCACACUUUCUGCACUAUGUUCAUGCAGUUUUAUGUCGGCUGUACUCUUACUCCAUGUUUUAAAUUUUAAGUCCAUUUGCAGAGUUUAUGAAAAUGCAGUAAAAAGCACCCUGCAGGAGUGUAAAAGAAAUUUCUGUACUGUAACGAAUGGAUCCUAGUCGUUUUCUUUCCUCCUGUGUAUUUAAAUAAAGUCCUAAUUUAAUUAAGUUGCUUACAAA